UGUUGUUGCUGGCUUCCUGCUGCUAGAUUGAUGUAGCAGUUUACUGAAAGCAGUUAUCCCUGGCUUGCUAGCCAAUAUGAGAACAUUGAAUUGGUUGCAAAUGAAAACGUAAUGGCUUCUUUACAAUGCUUCUUGUUUUAGUUCUUUAGCCAUCUUUCCAUCUGAUUCAGCACCUUUGACAGUUAAAUGGCAGCUCCCUUCAAAAUCCCCAAGAGAAAACAGCCACCAGAAGCUGACAGCAUGCACAUGCAGUCACCUCUCUCACGAGUCCAGGAUACCUCCAGGCCAUUCGAGACAAGCUGGUGCAAUGGCUCUUCCAAUGGAAAAAAGCCUGAACAGGUUGGCUCUCUGAAUGGACACAUCUCCAGAGCUGGGAAAGUGAGCGCUCAUAACCGGCUAGUUCUGAGGGAUGUAUGUAAAGCGCGUCUUGGACCUAGCCAUCCAGACAAAGGGAACUCCAGCCAGUCAACAGGCUUCCAGAGACCAGCUCAGACCCCAGAACACCGUCCAGUUACCAGCCAGAGAGGGGAUUCCUCAGAGCACAGCAAAUGGAGAGAGGCACACAGGUCCAGCACGCUGUGGAGAUCACCCCCUCGCUUUCAGCUAGCAGUCAACAGAACACCUAGGAAGCAGAUGGAGUCUCUGACACAUGAGAAGCCACCUCACCUAUCAAGCCCUGUGGCAUCAACACAUGAAGCUGAACAAAGACUCCCAGCAGCCUCUCCUUCCUGCUUAAAAAACGGAUGGCGCCCUAAGAGGGCAUCAGACGCGCUGUGCCGGGACAAGAAUCAAGCGUCGCCACUGCUCAAGAUGCGCCGUGCAGAGUUCACUGGAGAUUCACAACUGUCUGUGAGAUGCAGCCCAGUGGAGUCGUCGGAGGAUUCUGCAUCAGAACCGUCUCCAGAAAAAGAGGCGGACAGUUCCUCAAAGAUGGGUGACAGGCCCUCUGUCCCCCUGGGAGACCCAACAUGGAGGAGACGUGACUCUGGGGUGAAUGGAUCUCCACCACAAAACACAGAGAAGGAGAGGACGGGAAGCUCAGGAUCACUGCAGGACAGGAUCAAGAGGAGUAGUGGUUCAUCAGGGACGCACCCCAGGGGAAGUGUCCCUGUCCCAGCAGGCCACCGUAGCCAGAGCUCAGAGAGUGACGACCCUCCCGACCGCCCGUUGACAUCAGGGGCCAGAGGUGCAUCCACAGGUUCCCCUAGACACUCCCCUUCCGCUGUGGCCUCAGUGACCCGGGCCACACAGGAGAAGCGGUUGUCCCUCAGCAGGUCUCCCCUCCUGGCUAACCCCAACCUCACAGACAGAGAGAGGAGGCCUCCAACCAAGUGUCUCUCCCUCCAUCUCAGGCUGAGGAGGCCCAAGCCCACCUCCACAGAACCUAUUGUGCUAUCCAGUGAGGAUGAGGAGGGCCAUGAUGAUGAAGAGGAGUGCCCCAGGCUGAAGACCCCACAACAGGGCCACAGCCCCAGGCAAAGCCAACCCACACCAGAGGAACAUGUACCCAAACAGGCUGUGGUUGGAGAGAAGGUCACGGGGUCACAGAGAGUAUCGGAGCACAACCCUUGCAGCACACAGCCACUGCCUCCUAUCAUGGAACUGUCUUUCUCUACACUGCACGCUGGGGUGGUCCGAGCACAGGCCAAUGGAAACCUGGUGGUAACAGAUGAUGGCAUCACUCUACCGCUGAAAGAUUCCAGGGUGUCAUCAGAGGAGGAGGGGGGGGUGUCGGUGAGCCUGGUGGCGUCCCAGCUACGUGGGUACGCGGUGUGGGACGGAGGUCUAGCCCAAGACGGGAGUCUCUUCCAGGGCUGUCCCGGCCGAGUGGCCCCCUCCCUGCUCUUCCUCUGGGUGUCUGAGGCCCAGGCCAACCUGGUGCAGACAGAGCUCUCAGCCCUCCACCCCGUUACUCUGCCUGGUCAGGCCUGUCCGUUCCUCCUCCUGGUCCUAAGAGAACAGCUGGGUGAUCUGCAGGCUGCUCUGCUAGCCUCCAUGCUGGACGUAGAGGCCUUCCGUCAGGGCCGCUCCUACGACCUGAAGAGCCCCCUUUCCUGGGCAGACGGCCUGGCGCUGAUACACAGCUGUCCCCAGGACGCCCACUUCCUCACCCUGCUGGGGCAGAGCCUGGUGGCAGACCCCAACCCUGGCCUGGGGACAGCAAAGGGGAGCCCCAGUCGGACCAGAGGGAACCACAGAAGCAGAGAGCGUUACUCCAGACACCAGGGCCUGCUGCCCACCAGGUUGAUCCAGUACCCACCACUCCCUUCUAAAGGAGGAAUCACCGUGACAACAGAGGACCUUGACUGUCUGGACAGUGGCCAGUUCCUCAAUGAUGUCAUCAUCGACUUCUACCUCAAGUAUCUUCUCCUGGAGCGGGCCCCGGGGCCCCUGGCUGAGAGAUGUCAUGUCUUCAGCAGCUUCUUUUACAAGCAGCUGACCCGCCGGGACACGUCCCUGGAGGAGGAGGCUGCCAUCCCGGCCAGGGACAGGAGACACCAGAGGGUGAGGACCUGGACCCGCCAUGUUGACAUCUUCAACAAGGACUACCUGUUUGUGCCUGUCAAUCACCAAGCCCACUGGUACCUGGUGGUGAUCUGUUUCCCUGGCCUGGAGCAGGCCCAGCAUGAGGAGUGGUCCGGCCCAGCCGGAGUAGAGGCCAGUGGGGGGAAGAGGAAAUGCCAGCCCCAGGCUUCAGCUGGGCCUUCUCCAGGGCCCAGCAACCCCAAACUGCAGAACGGAACAGGUGGAACAGGGGAAGCCAGAGGGAAACCUACAUUGAGGCCCCACAACCCACCAGAGUGUACCCAAGAUGGUUGUCAGAAGGAGACCAUCAUUAAGAAACACUGUAUUCUCAUCAUGGACUCCCUGAAGAUCUCUAACCAUGAGAGCAUCUAUAAGCUCUUGCAGGAUUACCUGCAUGUAGAGUGGGAGGUACGUAGAGGAACACGUAGAGACUUCACUGUAGACAGUAUGAAGGCUUCACACUGUAGAGUCCCCCUACAGGACAACAGCAGCGACUGCGGCCUCUACCUCCUGCAGUACGUGGAGAGCUUUCUGCAGAACCCAGUGGUGCACUUUGACCUCCCCCUGCGCUUGGAGCGCUGGUUUCCACGGCAACAGGUGUGGAGGAAGAGGGAGGAGAUCCGGAGCCUGGUGAUGGAGCUGCACGGUCGUCAAGGCAACGGCGAGAGCAGCUGCAGGUAGCCAAGCUAGCUACCUUAGCUCCACAUACCUGACCAGCAACGCACUACAAUACCCCAAAACUGUGAAGGACUUUUAUAUUUAAAAUGUACAAUAAAUGUCAUAUUUAUACUAUUUUUGUAUUACUAUUUUUAUAAAAUGUCGCAGGAUGUUUGUUUCUCACCUGGUAUGUAAUGCGAAUAUUCAAAAUAAUAGGAUCUUAAAAUUGAAUAAAAUUGUUCAUUUGUAAUGUUUCGUUUUUUAUUCGCUUAUAGAAGAGAGCAUUUGGAAAUUACGUUAUUACACAUGGAUAUGAGUGAGCACUAAAAUCUAGUUUGCUGAGCAAAGACGUAACUCAUGUACCCAUAACAGGUUUAUUUUUCUUUUUCAAAUGUGCUUAUGACUCACACAUAAAACCACUAUAAAUAUUAAAGUCAAUAUUACUCAGUUA